AUGUUCAAGAAUCAGUACGAUACCAAUACGACGACGUGGAGCCCCACUGGGCGGUUGUUUCAGGUAGAAUACGCGAAUGAGGCGGUGAACAACGGCUCUGCUGCUGUUGGCGCAAAGAAUAAGGACUUUGUUGUGUUGACCGCCUUGAAACGCGCUCCAGCGGCGCAGUUUUCAUCGUACCAGGAGAAGCUGUUUAAACUGGAUGACCACGUCGGUAUGGCAAUAGCCGGUCUUGUUGCAGACGGACGCGUGUUAGCCCGUUUUUUGCGCACAGAAUGCAUGAACUAUCGCUACAUGCACGACAGCGAUAAGCCAUUGCCACUAGUGGCCGAUUUGAUCGGGGAGAAGCAUCAGCGCCACAUUCAAUUUGGGGGGAAGCGACCCUUUGGUGUCGGUCUUUUAAUUGCUGGAUAUGAUCGGACGGGACCACAUUUGUAUCAAACCGCCCCGUCUGGAGAUGUAUUUGACUUUAAGGCAACAGCUAUGGGUCUGCGUUCGCAGGCUGCUCGCACAUAUCUUGAAAAACAUUUUGAAUCCUUCCCAGACUGUGAUAUUGAUGAGCUUAUUAUGCAUGCAUUGAAGGCUCUUGCGGCGGCAACCUCGGGCGGCGUUGAGCUAAACAUAAAGAAUACUACAAUUGCCAUAGUAGGAAAGGACAACCCUUUCACGAUUCUCACGGAGGAGGCGGCACGGAAGUACUUGGAUGGCUUCAAGAUGCGCCCAGAGGACAUUCCCUCUGCUGCAGGAGCUGAGGAGGAGGAAACUCUGCAGGAGCGUUCCUUGGAUGUGGAGGAAUGA